AUGCCAGUAUGUCCGGGUCAGCAAAAACUUCUCAAGUCUGGCACCGAACCGCAGUACUGCAGUCCGAAUGAACCAGUUCCAUGUCCCGAAAAAUACGAUUGCCGUGCAGCAUCCAAUUUACCGGAUACAUAUGUCUGUUGCAGUGCACCAUCAGCGAUUGCAUGUCCUCCGAAUUUUACACCAAGUCGAAGUGUAAAUGGUAGUGAGGUAUGCAAAAUAAUAGACCUGUUAAAAAUGCUGAAUUACACCCCAAGUAUUCACUGUUCACCCAACGAUCCAACUUCUUGCCCAGGAGGUGCUAUAUGCAUGAAAUCUGUAACAAAUAAAGACAUUCACCUGUGCUGCUACAGUUCACUACCGCGUAAGAUAUGCCCGGAUGAACAGGAUGCACUAUUACUGCCCGAUGGAGAGGUGGAAGUGUGCGAUGGAGCUGAAGCUGAGUGCAGCCAGAGCGGAUAUACUUGUCAGGUUUCACCAGAAUUAUCAACCUGGGUAUGUUGUGGGUAUCCAUCUGCAAUGGCUUUGUGCGCAGAUGGCCGAGAAACAUUCUAUCAGAUUGAAGGCCAGACUUACUCCUGUAAUAUCGAUUCUUAUCCGACCAACUGCCCAGCGAAGUAUGAAUGCGCCCCGUCAGAUCAGCCAAAUAUAUCGAGCGGAUAUACUUGUCAAGUUUCACCAGAAUUAGCAACCUGGGUAUGUUGUGGGUAUCCAUCUGCAAUGGCUUUGUGCGCAGAUGGCCGAGAAACAUUCUAUCAGAUUGAAGGCCAAACUUACUCCUGUAAUAUCGAUUCUUACCCGACCAAUUGCCCAGCGAAGUAUGAAUGCGCCCCGUCAGAUCAGCCAAAUAUAUCGGUGUGCUGUCUAAUUGAAAGCGUUGAAGCUACUACCACUUCAACGACAACGAGAAGAACUGCAGUCUGGCGACCGGAAUGUCCACCCGGUUGGAAUCCGUAUACAAAUUAUAGAACUGGUUCGACCCGAUAUUGCCAGAACGUUGCUGAUAUGAGGCCAACGUUCGUGUUUGUUGCUCCGAUAUGCGGGCUAUGGAUCAACGAUCAGUUGGAGCCCAUUUUGUCAAUGAUGUCCGGUGCCAGCAGGAUUUAUCGCUACCAGCUAUUGUCGCUAAUAAUUAAAGUUGAACCGGACGAAGCGGUAUGUGGAGAAGGAGGAUUUGCUUAUCAGUUGGAUGAACAUCCGCUGGACUGCUCACAUGAUGCCAGCGUUUGCCCUGAGCAUUACAUCUGUCAACCGUCAUUCACCAAUACAAAAAUGUACUGCUGCCACGAAGAACUACGCUGUCCAAAUGGCGUUAUCCCCGGGCACCGAAUUUGUUGUCCUGCUGCUAUCCAGGAAGAAGCGCGUUGCCUUGGUCGGGAAUCACAUUUAAAAGAUGGGAAUCCGAUUGCCUGCUACGGAGCAAUCAGUUGUCCGGACAACUACGAAUGCUCUAAUCUUACGACAACAAAUGAAUAUGCUUGCUGUAAAAAAGGAAGCGAGCACGAACAAAUAUGUCCUGAUAAUCGGUAUGUUUGUUUUCUAUCAAUACGACAUGUGUACAGCAGGUAA